AGAGGCGCUGCAGCUCUGCACGCGCACCACACAACGUUCAGUCGUAAGCUACAUGUGAAGUAUCGUUUCUUACGCCGCCGAUCGUUGUAAUAAAUUCGAAUCCUUCAGCCAUUUUCGGCAUGCGGUUUACAAACCACAGAGGUCUAAGCUACGUAAAUAUACACUUAGACCAUGUACGUACGUAGUAGAGGACGUAGAACAAUAUCCGUUUGUAUUAGGAAAUUUAUUUUCACUGGAAUAGCUAUAACUGUGUGCCUAGGGCUCUUCAGCCAUGACAGAGAAAACAAUCAGAAACGAAUCAGAAACUACCGCGGCAACAUACGUCAUAUCCUCGAAGCCAGCCAAAAUUCGGAUAACGAUUCUUCAACUUCCAACGAAAAUCACAGAAAGACCUCAGUGCCUAAUGAAAUCAAAUCAUCGGCACCCGAUAAAACUCCGAAAAGUAAACAAUUGUCGUCAACAGAAACAACAAUCGUAACGGAAACCGCCAUCGAGAAUGCCACGGAAAUCGAAGAAGAAGAAGAAUUCUGCACAUCGCCAGCAUACCACGAAUUUCCUCCCGAUUUAUUCAAUAAUUACCAGAGAUCUCGGGGAGCCAUUGUAGUCCACAUUUUGGUCGUAUUUUACAUGUUUUACGCAGUCGCAGUGGUGUGCGACGAUUAUUUUAUAGCAUCCUUAGAAGAAUGCUGCGCGCGUUUGGACAUGAGCGAGGACGUUGCUGGUGCUACUUUUAUGGCUGCAGGCAGCUCGGCUCCGGAAUUGUUUACAGCGAUCUUAGGUGUCCUCGUGGCAAAAGGUGACGUAGGAACAGGGACAAUAGUGGGAUCUGCAGUUUUUAAUGUUUUAUUUGUCAUCGGAAUAUGCGGAAUAUUUUCUGGAAGAGAAGUUAAUUUGUCAUGGUGGCCAAUUAUCCGUGAUUCCGUCUUUUAUUCAUUCACAGUAGUGGUCUUAAUUCUUAUUAUUUAUGAUAGCACCGUCACGUGGUACGAAUCGAUAAGCAUGCUAAUCAUCUACGCCUUCUAUAUCUUAUUGAUGAAGUUCAACACUCAAGUACACUUCUGGAUCUCUAGAAGACUCGGGAUCGAAGACGAACUUACUGCUUCUCUGGGCAUUCUGUCACAAACGCAUGACAAUAAGUGUUACAGCUCUUAUGUUCCAUUUAAUAAUGAAAUCGACGAAUGUGCCCAAACGACAAUUACGUCACAACCUACAAUGGCCGCCGAUAACGUUAGACUUGUUAAAAAACGCUUGACAUUUUUCGAAGCCGGACAGAUGAUGUUGAUGACACGAUAUUUUCCUCCUCUAACACGAUUCCGAGCGGCUGCACGACGAAUUAUAUUGCAGAACCAAGCGGCAAGAAAUGCACCUCAGAAAAUGCAACCGCAAUUAUCUAUGGAUGGUGGAGGCGGGGGUAACGUGCCAAGAUGGAGAAGUAAGAGCAUCAUCAGUGCCAGCGUAGUUAUUUCCACAGAAGAUGAAUGGAAAAGAAUACCAUCCCCAAGUGAAGGGUUGGCAGUAAUAUUAAAAUGGAUCAUCAAAGCACCUGUUUUAGCCGUUCUUUAUUACACUAUUCCGGAUUGCAGAAAGAGUAGAUGGAAGAAUUGGUUUAUGGUAUCAUUUCUCAUGUCUAUUGUGUGGACGGCCGUUUUCUCUUACGUCAUGGUGUGGAUGGUGACUUUACUAGGUUAUACCUUGGGAAUACCGGACAGCAUUAUGGGAAUCACCUUUCUAGCAGCCGGUACAAGUGUACCAGACGCAUUUGCCAGUCUUUUGGUAGCAAGACAGGGUCAAGGUGACAUGGCGGUAUCAAACAGUAUCGGCAGUAAUGUCUUUGAUAUCUUAGUGGGUUUGGCCGUUCCCUGGUUUAUAUACACGGCCAUGAUAAAUCCUGGAGAUGUUGCAACUAUCAACAGUAGCGGAAUGGUUUACUCUGUUAUACUUUUAUUUCUUACGAUCAUCGUUACGGUGGGUGGAGUAUAUCUGAGCCAGUGGCAAUUAACAAAACGUCUAGGAAUAUUGUUACUAUCUGUAUAUGUUGUCUUCCUGAUUAUUUCUAGUAUGAUCGAAUUUAACUACUUUGGUUACGUCAAUCCUCCCAUGUGUAAGGAAUGAAAAUGUAAUAAUAAUUAUUGUUGUUCAUCUCUCUACAUGUAUUAAAAUAUAUAAAAAAACAAGUUAGGAUCAUCAGAAAUAGUCCUUUAAAAAACUUCUAUCUUUGAAAGAUGACUCAUAGAUUAGUUUCUUAUUAAGAAUGAUAAAGAGUUUUUGAUUUUUAUGAUUUUGCUAAACAUAAAAGAAAUUGUUACAUGACACGAAUAUAGAUUAUAGAAAUUAUAUACAGCUUGCACAGUUGUGAUGUUAAUAAUAACAGGUGUUAAUAAUAAUAAUACUUGAAAUUUGUUAAUAUAUUUUACUAUAUUUUAGAAUUUACAUAAUUAUUCAUCGUGGAAAAAUUUAUCUAAGUUAUAAUGUUUGAAGAAAACAAGAGCUUAGUAAACUGUUUCUAUCCCAAAAUGGGAAUAGUUGUCAUUAAUAAAUCCCCUUUCGAGUGCUUACAACAAAUAUAAUAUUGUUAAAAAUAUUAAUAAAUGGUACCCAGAGUUUUUAUUUAUUUAUUUAUUUCCUUGCAGCUUAUGUUGUGUGUGUGAGAUUCUUUGUUGUGUACCAACUACUUUUUAACUCUUUUGUAAAUUUUAAAAAUUAAUUUAUGCAUAUAUUAUUAAUAUAUAUACAUAUAUAUACUGUAUAAUGAAUUAUGUUUGUUAUGUUGGUUUAUAUCUUUUGAAAAUUUAA